AUGGCUCAGGCCAUGAUUCGCCUUCUUGCAUGUGUUGUCCUCGUCCUUGUGGUGGUUGUGGCCGAGGCUCAACCUAAUGGUCCCAAGAAUAAGAUGGUGCAAUGUCAAGAUAGAGCUUCCCCUUGUUUCCAUGACCAUAUGCAUUGCCCUGAUGUUUGCCCUCGAGACUGUCAUGUUGACUGUGCUUCAUGUCAACCUGUUUGUGAUGUUCCGUCUCUGCUGCCUCCUCCACCGCCGGAGAUAAUACAUCCUCCCACUCCACCUCCUCCUCCCACUCCAACUUCUGCACCACCUCCUCCUCCAACUUCCAUCCCACCUCCUCCACCAACACCAACUCCGAGCUCUUCUGCACCACCUCCUCCUCCAACUUCCAUCCCACCUCCUCCACCAACACCAACUCCGAGCUCUUCUCCUCCACCAACUCCAACUGGGAGCCCUCCUCCAUCUACACCUACUCCUCCACCAGAAGUAUCUGGAAAAAGAGUAUACUGCAAGAACAGAAACUACACCCGAUGCUACCGCAUGGAGCAACGCUGUCCUAGCUCUUGCCCAGACCAAUGUGAGGUUGACUGUGUCACCUGCAGCCCUGUUUGCAACUGCAAUAGGCCAGGAGCUGUAUGCCAAGAUCCGCGAUUUAUUGGUGCUGAUGGGCUUACCUUCUACUUCCAUGGCAAGAAGGACCAUGAUUUCUGCAUAGUUACCGAUUCUAAUCUGCACGUCAAUGCUCACUUCAUUGGAAGGAGGAAUCAAAAUAUGAAGAGGGACUUCACAUGGGUACAAUCUCUUGGUAUUCUUUUUGACAAUCAUCAAAUCUAUGUCGGUGCCAAAAAGACAGCAACUUGGGAUAAUGCAGUCGAUCAUCUAGGCUUGGCCUUUGAUGGACAACCAAUAUACUUAACCGACGGUGAAGGUGCUAAAUGGCAACCAAUUACAACACCUGGCGUUUCCAUCACAAGGUCUCACGACACGAAUUCUGUGAUCAUUGAAGUUGAAGGGAACUUCCAGAUCACGGCAACUGUCGUGCAUAUCACCAAGAAGGAUUCAUGGAUUCACAAGUAUGGGAUCACUGAUGAAGAUUGCUUCGCACAUCUUGAUCUGGGCUUCAAGUUUUACUCGCUGAGUGGUGCAGUCACUGGAGUUUUGGGUCAAACUUAUGCUAGUAACUAUGUUAGCAGGGUGAAGAUGGGAGUUGACAUGCCAGUUUUGGGUGGAGAAAAGGAAUUUGCUUCUUCAAAUCUCUUUUCAACGGAUUGUGCAGGUGCAAGAUUCCACGGAAGUCCUUCAAUUACCUCUUCAAAGAGUGUUGAUCGGUAUUCUGAUUUGAAAUGUGCAAGUGGGCUUGAUGGCCGUGGUGUGGUGUGCAAGAAAUAA